AUGGGUGCAGAACAAUCUUCCCCGAGGAGAGAUGCACAAAGCAAUGGCGGGGUGGUCAUGAAAACAUGUUACUAUGAACUGUUGGGUGUCGAACGACAGGCUUCAGAUGAUGAGAUCAAGAAAGCCUACAGAAGGAAGGCGCUGGAACUUCAUCCCGAUCGAAAUUAUGGUAACGUCGAAACUGCCACCUCAAAGUUUGCCGAAGUUCAGUCUGCCUACGAAGUCUUGUCGGAUCCACAAGAAAGGGCCUGGUAUGACUCUCACCGGUUAUCAAUACUUGGAGGUGGUGAUCCUGCGGAAGACGAUUUUGCAGAAAAUAUUCGAAUGACAAGCGCAGCACACAUCGUAAGCUUGAUUGGGAAAUUUGAUUCCGCUGUUCCAUUCACCGAUGCUCCAAACGGAUUCUUUGGCAUACUUCGAGAGACAUUUGCGUCCCUCGCGAGAGAGGAGAAUGCAGCAUGCGAUUGGGAUGGCCUCGAAAUCGUCGAUUAUCCUGAUUUUGGGACUGCCGAGAAUAACUACGAGAACGUAGUCAAAGACUUUUACAGAACCUGGGUGAAUUUUACCACACAAAAGUCAUUCUCGUGGAAAGAUCUGUACCGAACCUCCGAUGCGCCGGAUAGGGCAACUCGUCGAUUGAUAGAGAAGGAGAAUAGAAAAGCCCGGGAUGAGGCCAAAGCGGAGUUCAAUGAUGCCGUCAGGCACCUUGUUUUGUUUGUGCGCAAGAGAGACCCCCGCUUCACUCCGAAUUCACAAACGGAGGCGGAGAGACAAAAAAUAUUGCGUGAUGCUGCUUCAGCACAAGCAGCCCGUCAACGAGCUGCAAAUCAGGCCAGGAUGAAUAAUCAUGUGGUUCCAGAAUGGGCGAAACCAGAAGAUACUGAAGAAAUCAUCGAAGAAUCAUCUGAAGAGUCCGAGGUUGAAGUGUUAGAGUGCGUUGUUUGUAACAAAACAUUCAAAAGCGAGAACCAGUUCGAGGCGCAUACAAAGAGUAAAAAACAUAUUAAAGCUGUACAUGCUAUUCAGAAGCAAAUGCGCAAGGAAAAUAAAUCUCUGCAUUUAGAUACACCACCAGAACGAGGAAAUAGCACUUUUGAAAUCGAAAGGCUUGAAAUUACUUCAGACAAUGCAAAGCGUGAGUCUAUUGUUGACAAUGAAACAGAUGUUGAGGAAGUGGAAGCUCCGCUAUACAAUAAUGAAUCGACUUUCAGCAAACCGAAUGAUCCAACCAACAAUGAUUCCGAUAUUGAAAGCCUAGAUGAUGAUUACGCUCCCAGAACAGCAGUUGAGGGAAGGUUAGCGGGAGAAAUGUCGGAGGAUGAAACCUCUAUUACAUCGGAGGUGUCAAAUCGUGAUCAAAAGUCAAAUAAAGAUGAAGCACAAGAUGCUUCUAGCAAUACAACCCCUAAAAAACCUCUCGGAAAAGCGAAAGCCAAACGUGCCAAAAAAGCUGCUGAAAAAGAGGCUGCCGAGCAGCAGGGGCAAAAUUUUAAAUGUGCAGAUGUCUCGUGUCAUGAGUCGUUCCCCUCAAAGACCAAGCUCUUCAAUCACAUCAAAGAGUUUGGCCAUGCCCAACCUGUACAGAAAGCUGGCAACUCAAAAAAGAAGAAAUAG